GAGGAGUUGAAAAGCAGCCGGCGGCGGAGACGUGCUCACAUUCCUCCUCCUCCUCCGCCGCCGCCGCCGCCGCUCGUCUCCCCUCCCUCGCCAGCUCGCUCGCCUCGCUCGUCGCCUCCUCCGGGCAAGCGGCACCAGACGGCCGGCCGGCGCCGCGCGUCGCCAGCGCCGACUCGCUCCACUUUCUCCACUUUCUCCACUUUUCCUCCCUUUUGGACGAGUUUCCAUUUUCAACCAAACGCGAGAUGGCCUCCAGCGGAACCAUUUUACCUUCAUUCUCCACUUUUUCCACGCAGAAGGAAGAAGUCUGGAGGGGACCCCGAAAAGACGACGAGGACCCGGACACCUUCCUGGACUUGGACUUUAUCCUGGCCCACAGCAUCAUCAGCGCAGACACGGCCGCGGCCGCCUCGUACCGGAGUCCGGACGGCGGGGCUCCCGGGUACCGUCGGCAGGGCUACGCAUCCCCCCCUCACCCUCCGCCGCCGUACAGCGGCCUGAUGGCCGAACUGCUGCAGUGCGACGCGGACGUCGACGGCUUCCGGGCCGGGGCUUCGGGCUCCGGCGUCCAGGGCCGCUUCUUCGUCAGCUCGUCGGCUUUCCGGGACUCCUCGGGACCUUCUCUCGACUCGGGACGUCGCUUCUCAGACUCCUUCCCGGACCGCCCGUGCGUCAAACCGGAGCCCGACUCCUACGGGCCCCCGGCGGGCGCCGUGCCGCAGACCUUCGACGAGGUGAAGCAGGAGGGCGGCGUGACGUCGUGCGCCCUCUCGCGCCCGCAGCCCCGCCUGGCUAGCUCGCCCACGCGAGGCGCCGGAAACCCGACGCCGCCCCUCAGCCCCGACGACAUCGCGAACUUCCCGCAGAGCUUCGACCGCCAGCGCCGGCACCUUCAGCUUCAGUUUUCCUCCGGCGCGCACUGCCACUUUCCCGCCUUGUACACGCAGCCGCCGCAACAGCAGCAGUCCGGCGGGCGGCGCCCGCUGCCGACGCCGCCGUCGUCGCCGCCGGACUCGACGGACGGCGAGCCCCGCCGGGGGCGGCGCACCUGGCCCCGCAAGCGCACCGCCGCCCACACGUGCACCUACGCCGGAUGCGGCAAGACGUACACCAAGAGCUCGCACCUCAAGGCGCACCACAGGACGCAUACGGGAGAGAAACCCUACCACUGCACGUGGGAAGGUUGCGGCUGGAAGUUCGCCCGCUCCGACGAGCUGACGCGCCACUUCCGCAAGCACACCGGGCACCGGCCCUUCCGGUGCCACCUGUGCGAGCGCGCCUUCUCCCGCUCCGACCACCUGGCCCUGCACAUGAAGAGACACAUGUGAUGCGCGCCUUGCUCGGGGGUCGGCGCAACGAAUACAUAUUUCAUAGAACGUUGUCCUGAAUGAAAAAGUGUAACAGAUGACAAGUCAGCAGCACGUGACGCCGGAGGGAGCUGGCACUCCUCCGACUUUGCGUCUGCGGACGCAAAGGCGGCCACAACGUUUUGGUGCAGAACUGCUCUUCGUGCGCCCCCACAAGGACGCAAAACCCAAGAAGACGACGACGACGACGACGUUUUCUCGCAAAACUGCUUUUCACGCAGCGUGACGGCGCCCUCUCGUGGACACAAAACGCUCGUCUGUACGCUAUAUACAAAGAGAAAAUGUAUGUAUAUAAUUAAACCGAUAACAUCAAACAGCGGCUCACUGAACCUUCCUGCCGGGUCACGUGACACAUUUCGACAUCACCAUAGCAACUCCACAAGUACGUAUUCAUCGGAACUGUACAACUAGCUGCAGGAUACGACGACCGUCCGACUGACUGCAGAACUGCACGACAGUUGUAAUAACCACACAACUUGAUCGGAACUGAUUGUAACAGAUUAUUCCACGACAUGUAUGAAAUACUGCACGAUUUGAAACCAACAACGGCCAGACUAACCGCAUGCAACUUUAGUACAGCAGCAAGCAUAACAACUCAAAGGAUAAAAGAUGACGACUUUAUCGCGACAACUCUGAACCGCAAACGACGACACGAUGAUGGAACAAGACGUAUAGAACUCGAAGUAACGACAACUGUCAGACAGACUACGAGUAUGUGGUAACAACUCUACACGCGCCGUUGAUGGCAACAACUGGACCGACAACUGCCAGCUAACUAUAUGAACAACGACAUGACUUGAUGACAUGAAAAUUGAGACUUGAUCCCAGAACCUCAGAAGUGCGAGGCAAACGUACGAAUCACUAACACACCGCGUCAGAAAAGAAAGAGGGGGUAUGGGGAAGAAAGUUUGGUUUAUACUAUUAGCAUGUUUACUCAAGCUAAAUCUUCUUUUGUUUGCUUUAAUGACGACUUUGUAAAUAAAUGAAUCCUAUUUUCAUCAGCUAUUCGUUGUCAGCAGAGUGCACUGUGGGAAGGAUGUGACGAGAACGCCUCCUACUGGGCCAAGUGAGCGCAACGGCUGGCAAAACUGCAAUUUAAGGAUCGGGACGUGUCGGAUGCUUUCCAAUACCUCCGACCACUAUCGACUACCUACAACCUUCCGCUACUUUUUGAUAGAUUUGAAUACCUCCUCCCUCCGACUACUCCCAUAGCAUAGCGACCGUGAAGUUGGGAGGUGGGAACAUGAUGGGGUGGGGCCGCUUUAUGCAAAUGGGCCUGGUAAACUUCACAUCGUUGGAGGAAGGAUGAAUGGGCAAAUGUACCGAGACAUCCAUCCAUCCAUUUUCUGAGCCGCUUCUCCUCACUCGGGUCGCGGGCGUGCCGGAGCCUAUCCCGGCUGUCAUCGGGCAGGAGGCGGGGUACGCCCUCAACCGGUUGCCAGCCAAUCGCAGGGCACAUACAAACAGACAAACAUUCGCACUCACAGUCAUGCCCACGGGCAAUUUAGAGUCUCCAAUUCAUGCAUGUUUUUGGGAUGUGGGAGGAAACCGGAGUGCCCGGAGAAAAGCCACGCAGGCACGGGGAGAACAAGCAAACUCCACACAGGCGGGGCCGGGGAUCGAACCCGGGUCCUCAGAACUGCGAAGCUGACGCUCUAACCAGUCGGCCGCCGUGCCGCCUGUACCGAGACAUUCGUGACAAAAAUCUGCUAUCAUGGACGAGGAUGAUGAAAAUGAAACGGCGGGGGGGGCAUUUCAGCAGGAUAAUGAUCCAAAACAUACUGCCGGGGAAACUCUCAAAAGGUUUCAAAGGGAAAUAAACGAAGAACGGCCCAGUCGAUCACCGGACUCGAAUCCAAUCGAAAAUCUUUGGGGGGGGGAAAAAAAAUGAAACUCAAGGUCCACAAAAGAAGCCCACAGAACCUUCGCGAGUCGAAGACUGCUUGUGUGGCGGAAUGGGCCAAAAUCACACCAGAGCGAUGCAUGAGGCUCGUUUUUCCGUACAGGAGGCGUCGUGAAGCUGUCAUUGCAAACAAAGGCUUUUGUAAAAGUAUUCAAUAAAUAUCGCUUGGCGUGUUCAAUACUUUUUCCGUGUGUCAUCUCACAU